UGUUGCAAUUGGCAUUUUACUUGUUUUUGGAUGAGCAAAAACUGUGUCACAUUUUGCGUUUUAACGGCUUCUAACAGUUAGAAACAAUUUAGUAUUUUAUUUAGAUACUAAUUUUAAAAUAGUACAUAUUUUGAUUAAUAUUAGCUACAUGAGUGUGGUGUAAACCCCAUAACGUACUUUUGUUAUGAUAAAGGUUUAUCCUUGAGUAUUUUUUGGAACGUAGAAAACAUGGAACCUCCGCGUCAAUCAGAAUCAGAUACUGUGGAACACUGGAAGAAACAAGCUAAACACUAUGAGCAAAAGGCAAUUGAUAUGCAACAAGAGUUGGAUGAGUACACGGAAAAUUCAGCACAGUUGGAAAAAGAACUUGAAGCUUCACUCUUACAAGUUGAGAAACAGAACAGAGAUCUAGAACAUCAAAAUCAGCGGCUAAAAAAUGAAAUAGAAUCACUUAAGAAUAAAUUAGAAAGAAGUCAACAUGAAACAAAUGCAUUGGAAAAUGAAGUGCAAUCACUCAAAAUAGAACAGGACAAAAAAGCUGAAUACAUCAGAGAGUUGGAGCAAAAAAAUGAUGAUUUGGAAAGAGGGCAAAGAGUUGUCUCUGAAUCAGUGUCUUGCAUAGAGGCAUUGUUAAAUCAGGCAUAUGAAAGAAACGCAGUUUUAGAAAAUGAAGUUGAUGAAAUAGAAACACUAAAAGUGAGAUUACAACGAGCUACAGAUGAAGCUAGAGAUCUGAAGCAGGAAUUGAAAGUAGUAGAAAAAAUCCCAGUGCACAGAAAGGAAGAUGAUAGUACAAAUGAAAAUGCAAUGGUCAAUGGGCACAACACUUCCUCCAGAGCAGUUGAAACAGAAACCCAAACAGUUUUACCUUCACCACAAAAACGAGAGAUCAAUGGUAAUGCUAUGACACCGUCUGCCAGAGUAUCCGCUAUCAACAUUGUUGGUGAUUUGCUCCGUAAAGUUGGGCUUGAAAGGUUUCUUUGCCGUGAAUGUGGUAAGAUCAAAUGCUCGUGUGACAGUCAACCUCCAGACUUGAGUGAAGCCGCCAAGUCAACCGAGAUCUCCCAUGCCUGUGAUAACACUGAUAACAGCAUAGACGCUUCCAUAGAAUAUAGAAACCCUAAAGUGUUCAUACGACAAUCUUCUGGGCCUGAUCCAAUAACACAUAAACAUCAGUUAAAGCAGAGAUACUCCGAGGAAGGAUUUUCUAGGCCCGGCGUGGGAGAGAAUGGGAAAUUGAGACGAUCUUUUGCUGUGAGGUCUAGGGAGGGGCUUGAAAAUCUGUUGAGCUUCGCCUCUAUUCGGAAUGGACAGCCGCGAGCCAAGCCAAAGCAGACUUUAGCACGAUAACAUAUACCGGUAGUAAGAAUUGUGUAGUGGCUCGUACACAAAUACCUGUUUAAUACUACCCGGAAGGUUCACCUCUGCUUCUAAGAACAUUAAAUACUUAAGAUUGAUAUAGUUCUAGAUAGUUUUUUCCUAUAUUUAUAUUCCUCAAAGCUGAGGUGGUUUACAGGGCACAAAAACAUACCAUCAUUGUGUUUAGUAUUUUUUAUGUUUUAAUUCUUCAGUUUGUAGUUGUUGUUAGUAGGAGUUGGUAACCGUAAUCUUAAAAAAACUUGACCGGACAGAAUUUAAUCACGCAUUCCUGUGACCAUAAAGUAAAAACAAAAUAACUGUUUGCCGUAACUGGCAAACAAAUGUUUAUUGAUGAUUUUUUAGUGCACAAAAAAGGAUUAUAAUCUUUUCUGUAACACGAAAAUCAAUCCUUCAGAUUGAACUAGUCAAGUUUUAACUCGAUAAAAAAGUUUGUACUGAUCGAGUUAUAGCACAACAUUCAUGAAAUUGGUUAAUAUUUUCUACACCCGAAUCCUGUAUUCAAAGUAACAUUUUAGUAUCUUAACAUGGUCGGGAAUAAAUGAUUAAAAUCUGUUGCAUAUGACUUACUUAGAUUACGGUGUUUACUUAAUUGCAGUGUACAUAACAUGAUGUAUAAUACUGUACUAUUUUGUACUGUUUUUCAUUUUUGAAAUGAUAUUUUUAGAUGCAUGUUUCACACGUAAAUUUAUUAUACUAUGUAUUAAGUUAUAUUUCCCCAGUAAUCUUUUUUGUGUGCUAUGCGUAAUUAGUCACGGUGAAGGCUUUAACCGCACAUUAUUUCCUAUCACCUACUAAUAUUAGUAUCAUUCAUAUAUUGUACUUUUCUUCAUUGUAGGCGUUGGAAUCAAAGUUAGCAUCGUGUCGUGGUACGGUUAGACCUAAAGAGCAUUCACCAAAUUCAAGCUCAGAUGUGAAUAAGGACUACAGGUGUGUACUCAAGAACUAAUACGCUGUUUGUCAUCGGCAUCUCAUCGCCACUGCACUGCAAAGCUUAGUUGCAGACUUAGCACUUAGUGUGAUAUUGGUACACAAGUAGGGUAAAUUGUCAAUUACUGGCCACUGUUUAAUAACUGGCCACCUUAACCUAAAAGUUAAAUUCUAUUCCCCUAUUUAUACAAGAUUCCUUUUAAUAUAAGGUGGCUAGUUAUUGAAGGGUGGCCAGUUAUUGAAACCUUAUACUAAAAUGAAUUCUGUGUAUAGGUGAAUAGAAUUCAUUUUUAGUAUAAGGUGACCAGUUAUUAAACAGUGGCCAGUAUUGGCAAUUUACCUUAAACAAUGUAGAUUGAAUGUAUAUUUUCGUAAAAUUGUCGGAGUUAAGCACUUAACAAAAGUAAUAAUAUCAAAGAAGCUUUAAAUCUGCUUCAUAAUUAAAUAUAACUAGCUUGUGUACUAAAAUUAACAUCACUUUUCCUAUAUUUUGCUAAAAACUGUGAUGAUAAAUGAAGAUAUUUAAGGAUCGGUAAAUAUAGUACUUAUAAUAUAAUUUUGGCCUACCCACUGGCGUCAAAACACGUUAUUUGCGGCACACAGAGGCUUAUAGAUCUGUAGAUACCUUUGGAUUAUGAGUUUGAAGGCUUCGCGGCCACAUAGUGUCUAAUAUAAUGGGCCAUCAUUUAAGUACUUGUAAAAAAGUGUGCCGUCCGUCUAAGAUCUGAACGAUAUAAAUAAAAGUAUGAUUUAAUUUACCGUAAUAUUUUAAAAUCGUUAAUUGUAUCAGAUAUAUGUAUUCUUUAUUAAUGAACUAUAUUGCAAUGGCGCUCGAAUCAAAUCUUGAUAUGGUUAUUUGCCUGCGCGCGUGUUAGCUAUCGCUAGCUGAAAUUGGUGGACAAAAUAUUUUGGAAUGAUACUUUAUGUAAAUAAUUAGAAUUCAUAUGAAAUUGUUAAAAUUAGAUUUUUUUAUAAUAUUAAUUUAAUUAAUUUCUUGAAUAUACAAACAAAUUUGUAGAAUCUUUCUUAUACUCACCGGACUGAUUUUGAUAUCUUAGUUGUUUUCGUUAAGGGAUAAAAUAAAUAAACUAAUAGAUGCAGAUAAUAACAAAAAUAGGUAGACAAAAUAUUGGCAGUUGUUUACAGGACAUGUUACCGUAAUGUUACAUUUUCUUGCAGUUAAUACCCUAUAUAUGAUAAUAUACGUGUUUGGUUUAACAAAAUCUUGAAUCAUUCAUGAAGAGUUGAAAUUUUGUGUCCAAAGCCACAUUUAAAAUGAGUGGUCCGUGAACAAAGUUUUUGGUACGGAACACUAAAAACACAGAAAUUGCAUUUGAAAGAAAUUGUUGAGUUCCGCCUUCAAAAGAGUAGCACGAAUUUGUGGCGUCAACAAACUAGCUGAAGUGUUGGAACAGCGCCAAACAUUUUUCAGUCUUUUUCAUGCAGCGUUAAAUUUAGCCAUAGUAGGCUGUUGCAAUUAUCUGUAGUCAUUUACUAAGCCAAUUGGACAACUAAUUUCAAUUCUUUACUUUUAUGAUCAAAAAUAACUAAUGGGCAUUCAAUGUGGAUAAGAUAGUUUAUUAAACAUCGUAAUUAACCAUUGUCAUAUAAAAUAAUAUAUAUUAUAUUUUUAAUAUUUCAUUUCUAUAAUUAUUGGUCAUCUUCAUUGUUAAUCCAUUUUACCCCUAAACUCCAUUUUGUAAGCAUGUUAUGUCUGUCGUUCUGUAAUCUGUAAGUAGCCUUUCUAACAUAAAAAAAACAAUGUUCCUCAGUUCCGAUCAUAGCAAUAAAAUAAUUUCUAAUAGAUAUAAUUACUGUUGUAAGCAUCGUAAUUUGUGCUCACACUAUUAACUGAUGAAAUGAUCAAGUUUAUAAUAAAAUAUAGAUAAGAUAAUACAUAUACUCUUGUUACACAUAGUCUUGCCUUAUUGUACUACGUCAGUAUAGAUUUCAUUUGUAUGACAAGAGAUUUAGCCUCUCUCUUUAGCUCUAAUAGAACCAACUAGUUUUUUAAAUUUGUGUGGUAAUGAUAUCUAAUGAUAUGAAUUGACUGUAAAAUUGUAAUAGUUUCCACGUUGUCUUACUGCCACGCCUCGCCUGUCGUCACGAGUGUUAAGUAGAUUAUAUUCAGAUGAAAAGGGAAAGUAAGUAAUGAGUACUUCUAAAUCGUGUAAGUAUAAAACAAAAAUCGUUUUUUGUAAAAUAGUGUUAAUUGUAGCCAUUGUAGGCUUUCAGUAGUUUCAGUCCUAUAUAAUUGUGUAAUUAUGGUGUUUGGCCGUCGCUCCUGUUAUAAAAUUAUAACUUCAUCUAUUUAAGUUUUAGAUGUCGUAAUAAUAUUUUACAAGCAAAGGCCAAAACGCUGUACAAAAUAAAUGGUAAUGAGGCUUCACUAAAGUGAUGCUGUCGACAAAUUAUUAACACGACUUUUUGAAAUGUUUAGAAGUCUUAAUUAUUUACAUACGACUUACGUCGUAGCUGCCUGUAACAAGUUUUUGCUAAUGCUAGGCGUGAAGUGAGAACUAUUUUUACAACCAGAUUCUUCAAUUCAGUUCUGAUGUUUUGUUAAAUUUUCAAGCAUUUAUUCCAUGUGAUGGAGGUGAAACAGUUAUUUUGUGCGCAAUUUAAUAUUGAACAAUAUUAAACAAUAAGUCAUAACAUAA